UCUAUAUAUUUGCAAAAAAGCAUAAUAAUUUUUUUCCAAUAUUAUAUUUUGUAAAUUUCUUAAAUUUUCUACAAGGUAAUAAACUGAAAUAAAAACGAAAGUAGUAAAAUAACAAAAAAAUAAAUUCAGCUUUUAAAUAAAAAAUAAUAAAAAAAGAAAAACUUUCACAUGUUUGUAAUAUGUACUAAAUAAAUUGAGAUAAAAUAAUUGUGAUAAUUGGUCAGCUGAAUAUUCUGGUAAAUCAUAAUGUGCACAAGAUUUGUUGUAAUUUAAAAUUAUAUAAUUAAUAACUUGUUUUGUUGCAACAAUUAUUAGCGCCAGCUGUCAAUUGUUUACAAAACUGCACACAGACAACAAGAGCUACAAUUUUCCAAUUGGGCAUUGUGACCAGAGAGUAUUUGGGAAAAAACAGCUUAACAAAAAUCAUUGCAAUUUUGGUAAUAAAAAGAUUAAAAAAAACAUGCCAAAAAGUUAACAACUUUAUUGAUAAUAAAUUAAUAAAAAAACAAAUGAACGAGACUACUUCAGGCAUUUGUUUACUUGUGUAUUUUGUUUAAAGAAAUUACCAAUUAGCACAAAAUGAUUACCGAACAAAGUAAAAUUCAACAGACAACAAACGCACAACAUCACCAGCAUCAACAUGAACUAGGCAACAUUCCGAUGGCCAAUACAACGGUUUUUGUAGAACGUUUCUUUGGACAUUUCUAUUGGAAAGAGUUUGCUUGUGGCUGUGGUGCUGCUUUCGUUAAUAUCGGCAUUACAUAUCCCAUAUAUAAGAUGAUAUUUCGCCAAAUGCUUCAUGGUGUUCCCAUCACAUCAGCAUUCAGUCAGCUGCGGCAUGAAGGUUUACUUUAUUUAUAUCGCGGCAUGUUUCCUCCUCUUGCACAAAAAACUGUCUCAUUAUCCAUAAUGUUUGGUGUUUUUGAUGGUACGCGGCGUUAUCUGGUGGACGAUUAUCAUAUGAAUGCAUAUAAAGCGAAACUUAUAGCUGGCAUAGCAGCUGGUACCGUAGAAACAUUGUUACUUCCAUUCGAGCGUGUGCAAACACUAUUGGCAGACUCAAAAUAUCACAAGUACUUUGCGAAUACGCAAAAGGCUUUUGGAUAUGUGCUUACAAAUCAUGGAUUUAAAGAAUUAUAUCGAGGAAUAGUACCGGUGCUGUGGCGCAAUGGUCCAUCAAAUGCUAUGUUCUUUAUAUUGCGUGAAGAGGCUAGUUUACAUUUACCACAAAGGUCAUCUGUAUCCACAAAGGCGGCACAAGAAUUUAUUGCAGGAGCCAUAAUAGGAGCCAGUACAAGUACAUUAUUUUAUCCACUUAACGUUAUAAAAGUGGCAAUGCAGAGUGAAAUGGGACAUCCAUCGGAAAGUAUGUGGAAAACAUGCUUGAAAAUUUAUCGAGAUAGAGGCAGCAGUAUUGCAUAUUUUUAUCGAGGUUGUGGUUUUAAUACCGCACGUUCAUUUAUAAGUUGGGGUGUCAUGAAUACGGCCUAUGAAAAUUUAAAACAUCUCAUGAGUACAUAUUGACUCAAUAUAGUAAAUUUUUAAAAAUAACAAUAACACCACCUACUAACUAACAUUCAGCCAAAGGUAAUAUAUAAUGCUCGAAGCUAAUCACUAAUUUAUGUUAAACGGAGUUAAAACGAAAGGAAUGAGGCCAUAAAUUUGUCCUUGUAUUAAUAGUUACUAUUAAUUAUUUUAAUUUAAUUUUAUAUAAUUUAUUUAUAAACAAUUAAUUACAUUUUAAUGACCUAUAAGACCAAAUGACUGACUCCAACUUGACUGGUUUGUUUUAAAAAAAGUACAAACGAACACUACAAACAAACAUACUAAAUAAUAAUAAUAAUACAUAUUGUGGUCAUACAUUAAAAAUUUCUCUCACUUAAGUAUUUGCUUUAAUAAGUUGUUGCCUUAUUCUUCUAGGAUACUUAUAAAUAUUUUGUAAAUAAUUAUUAAAUACAUGUGAAUGCUGAUGAUGAUAUUUGUAUGUCAGUCAUUUCAAUGACUUUAUAAAAAGGUUCAUGUAGUGUAUUUUAUUUGAUUAUUUUAGUUUUGCAAAUUUUAGACGCUAAUACAAUAAAUUGUUUUUUAAUACAAUUGUUUGUUGUAUGUAUUAAAGCAUAAAGUAAAAUCUAUCUAUAAAUGUAUAUACAGGUACAUACAUACUUUAUUUAAAUUUAUUUAUAAUUACAACCUUAAACCUUUAUUUCUUUAAUUAAUUUCUGCAUAAUUAAUAAAAUAUAAAAGAAAUAAUUUUAUAUAAAAAACAAUAGUUAAAUGAAGAAAAAAAUAAUAAUAAAGCAUUUAUUCAUAUGUACUAUUUAUAUUAUGUGUAAAAGAUGAAAACGAAAACAUUAACAAUUAACGAUUUUGUGAAUAUGUGUAAUAUGUGUGAUUUUAUUAAGUUCUAAACUUGUUCUAUAGGUUUAGUUGAUUGUUAUUUUUAAAUAAAUUGAUUGAAUUGAUAAAAAAUAACAUACAUU